UGUGUGUGUAUGUGUGUGUGUAAUUCAGGAAAUAAUCUUUAGAAAAUAAACUAUAUUUCAGCAACACAAAGCUGAGUUCUUUCUGAGAUGAAGAUGCUGCACUUGGCUACGGUUCUUCUUACACUGUCUGGUGUUUUCACUCAGUACAGUAAAUGGGUUGUGAACUAUCCUGAUAAACUGAUCUGUGCUGUGAGAGGAUUCAGUGUCUCCAUUAAAUGUAGUUAUUAUUAUCCACAAGAUCAUCAGGUGAAACAAAAGCUUUGGUGCUCAAGGAACUUAAACACAGAUUUGUGUGAAAACCCACCGUAUGUUUACGACAGCUCAUUAAACACCAAGUCAGACUUUGAGUUCACUGGAGACGACAAAUCAGACUGUACUUUAUUAAUCCACAAUGUACAGUUCAGUUAUUCUGGAGUUUACAGAUUCAGAUUUAUUACUAAUGUGACCGAUGGUAAAUGGACAGGAGAUCUUGGAGCGACUCUACAAGUUACAGAUUUAAAGGUGUCACUAAUCAGACUCAGUGGAAACGGAACCCUUAAACAAGGAGACUCCUUAAAUCUGAUGUGUGAUGUGAACUGCACACACACUUCCUCACAGUUUGUGUGGUCUAAGAACAACCAGCGUUUAAAUACAUCAGGACCCGUUCUUCACUUUCCUGCUCUAACUGUGAGGGAUUCUGGGGAUUACACCUGCACUUGGGGAACCGGUGAGACGUCAAGAUCUGAAACCAUCAGCCUUCACGUGGAGGAUGAAAUCCUCGAAGAUUCAGAAAGUUCUAAUUCAUGGAUCUUCUGGAUGGUUGUUGUGGUGACAGCUGGACUGAUUUUGGUUGUUGUGAUUUUCAGCAGGAGACACGUCCACACUGAGCCGCUGAUGGAGGACGAUUCAGACAUCUACACCACAGUACAGUACAAUACAUUCACCAUGAACUGAUCACAUCUUCACACCUCACCUACUUCAGUACACACUUCUGCAUGUGAACUUCACCUGAGAGCAAAAAGCUAAAGGAUCUGAACUCCUUAUAUCUCUAGAGCGAUUUCACAAAGUCAUAAUGAAUUAAUAAACCAACUGUGUGUGUGUGUCUGUGUGUGUGUUUGUGUGUGUGUGUUUUUGUGUGUGUGUGUGUGUGCGUGUGUAUGUAUGUGUGUGUGUAUGUGUGUGUAUGUAUGUAUGUGUGUGUGUAUGUGUGUGUGUAUGUAGUGUGUGUUUGUGUGUUUGUGUGUGUGUGUUGUGUGUGUUUGUGUUUGUGUAUGUGUGUGUUUUUGUGUGUGUGUUUGUGUGUGUGUGUUUGUGUGUGUUUGUGUGUGUGUAUGUGUGUGUGUGCGUAUGUGUGUGUGUGUGUGUGUGUGUUAUUCCUCUCACACCACAGCAAUUUUCCCAUUUGUAUUAUAUAAAUAAUAAAGAAUGACACAUUAUAUUCUUUUAAUUACAUUUUAUAUCAUGUAACAUCCACAAAUCCAGUUCCUUUCUGUUCUCCUGUACGUUACAGCAGCUAUAAAUAUUCCUUCCUUUACAAGUCUGUCUUUUUUUUCUCUCUCUUGAUGUUAAUUUUUGAAACUACAAACCAGUGUAAACUCCUCUGUCCUGAAGAUUAAAUAAACUUCACCUCACAGAAAA